ACCCAUCUGGUGUUUUUUGGCCUUGGAUUUAUACUUCUCUUGUUUGUUUCUCACUUUGAGACUGGGAAGCUUGAAUAUAGAGAAAGUUUUCUACUUUUGGAGCAAUUGAAGAUCUUUAUAGUUUUGGAGAGAGAUCAUUCAUGCUCCUUGCUUAAUUAUGGUUGAUCUUUAAGUGUUUGUGAUCUGGUGGUGUUCUGGGAGAUCCCGAGUCAGAGCCAUGUACACUGUGGGGAGGCUAGGCAGCUAUAUUUCCCGUGGCGUGUUCACAGUCUCUGGUCCCUUUCACCCGUUUGGUGGUGCUGUAGAUAUCAUUGUUGUGGAACAGCCUGAUGGGAGUUUCAAAUCAUCGCCUUGGUAUGUCCGGUUUGGGAAAUUUCAAGGGGUUUUGAAGUCAAAGGAGAAGGUGGUUAACGUAUGUGUAAAUGAUGUAGAAGCAAAUUUCCACAUGUAUCUUGAUCGUAAAGGAGGAGCUCAUUUUCUGAGAGAGGUAGAUGUUGAAGAUGGGGAUUCUGUGUUAUAUCCAUCUUCCUCUGGUGAUGAGGUUGACGUGCAGUCUGAUAGUAAUAGGAAACGAUUGAAGUCUAAAAGCUGCAACUAUGAUGCUGGUGAGUUGAGUUCUGAUGAUCGGUUUGAUAUAAAAGAUGGGAAGGUUGUCUCCAGUAAUACUACCAGCCGGAGACGGAUUUUGGGGCUUGUUUUUGGACGGACGUCUAUGAAGGAGGACAGUGCAAAGGGGGGAACAAGGAGUCCUGGAGUAGAGAGGUCAAAUUCGUUGGAGUGUGCUGAGAUUGCAGCUGACCUUUUGGAGGUAAAGUGGUCUACCAGUCUGGUCUCUAGAAGGUCCAAGAAAGAUAAAGCUUCCAAGCUCUCAGUUUGUGAAGUAUUAGACAAUAAGGGUGGUAAAGAUAUGCAGAUUCGUGAUGAAAAGAUCAAGUUGGACACUUCUCUGUAUAAUGAUAAACUGGAACAUUGUAUUGAUAAUCCUGUGUUGCAAGUGGAAACUGAUUUCUGCAAUAAUCAAAAAGACAACAGAUUUCAGACUGGCAUUGAGAACAUUGGGUACCCCAUUGACAAAGCUGGUAUUCGAAUGUCCUGUGUAAGCUCUAUGGAGCAAGUUGUUGUAACUAACUCAUCAGGUGAAAGUUUUUUAAAAGAAAAAUGUGAAGUAAUAUCUGAAACAUCAGGAAUGAUCGAUGAGAAUGAUGUUCAGAGUUCUAAUCAUAAUGAGAAUGAAAAGGCUGUUGACAUGGGGAUGGGGGAGUCUGAUAUGCAAAUUCAUUAUAAGCUCAAAGCUUGUCCUGACGUGCAGUUUGACAAAGAAGAGAUUAAUAGUAAGAGGGAUGUUUUACAAGGCUGUGGCAUUGCCGUUGAGGAGAGAAUUCCAGACAUAGCUCAGCCUUUUGCUUACUGUGAAACAUCACAGAGCUCAGAAUUAAAUGUUCCCAAUGAACAACUUCAGGAAACACUGUGCCUCUCUACUGGAGGGCAUGAGCAAGUGCACAUUCAUGCUGAAACUGUGUGUAGGACAACUGGGCUCUUGGUAGAGGAUAUGUUUGUCAAACUAGCUGAGGAAAUGGAGUUGGAUGUUAAAGAGACAUUAAAAAUACCAGAGUCCUAUACUCAAACAUUUUAUGUUGGGCAUAUGCUUGGUUCAGUCAAAGAAGUGGAAACAUGUUGCACUUCCUCCUGUUCCAAUGCUGGUCAUUCAGAUAGUCAAGUUCAAGAAAGCAUUGAGAAUGUUCUCUAUCCUUCUCUGGAGUCUAUCUGUGAUACUCAAAAAAUUUGUGCUCACAGUUACACCACAAAGAAUCUUCCACCAUCAAAGCCUUUGGAAGAAGAACAAUUUCUUUUCAGUGGCUCUGAUGAAUUCAAGAUUAAAGAGCAGCUUUGUGGAAAUGAAGAGCAUCAGUCCAUUUGUACAAAUGGCAAAGAAGUAAAUGGUUUAUUGGAUAUGAAUAAUCCAGAGACUCCACCAAAUAAUCUUGAAAACUCGUUAGAGAAGUCAGGGAUGACAUCUGCUCCUAUUAAUGUCAAAAGAAGUCAUAGUAUGAGUGGUGAGGAUGCUGGUUGGCAGUCAGGAUUGUUGCCUAAUAUAUGGUCUCCUGAUGACAAGUCACACACACACAAUAAUUGUCUUCUAAGCCAUUCUUUGGGCUCAAAUCCUGAAUCCCUGGAGUUGGCACCACUUAGAAAAAAUGAUUCAAGCUGUAGACAAGCAGUUGCAGUUAAAGAAUUCCAGUUAUCAGAGGAUAAAUUGAAUCCUGAGGAUGCUGAGGCUUCAAUGGUGCUGGAAGAGGCUCUUAAAAACCCUACAGUUGAGAUAUCUCUUUGCAAACACUCGUUAAAAGAAGGAAUGGGGGCUGCUGCUGCAGCACAAGCAUUUGAUUCUGAGAAACUUGAUGUGCAUAAAUUUAGUUCUCUAGGUCCUGCAGUUGUGAAGAAUGAUAAGCUUGUUGUCAGAAUUUCUGGCCAGUACUUCCCAUGGGAUGCAGCAAACCCUAUUCUUUUAGAGAUGGUUGCAUCUGGAAGUGAAAGAUUAUUUGAACUGAAAGGCGCAAUAAUUGUGGAGAAAUCUCUUGAAGAAAAUCAAUCAAAAUCCAUUGAUUCCUGCAAUAGAAGCUGGAAGCUUUGGCCUUUCUCUUCCAAAGGAUCAAGAUCCAACAAGCAGCUAGCUCAGGGGGUUGUCAAAGUUUUGGCUGCUGAGAAUGCUGCAGAGGCUACUGUUGGCUGCCUACAAGGUGAAGAAAAUGGUCAGGGCAAGCAGCUAGCUAAGGAUGGUGCCAGAAUUUCAGCUGCCAAGAGUGCUGAUGAUGAUAGGGAUGCACUUAUACCAAAGAAGGUGAAGAAGAUGGCCAAGGUUAAUACCCCAACCUCUGAACAGCUGGCAUCCUUGAAUUUGAAGGAAGGGAGAAAUGCCGUAACCUUUACAUUUUCCACUGCAAUGUUAGGGAAGCAGCAGGUACAAGCCCGAAUUUUUUUGUGGAAAUGGAACACUCGUAUUGUAAUCUCAGAUGUUGAUGGAACCAUUACAAAAUCAGAUGUUCUAGGUCAAUUCAUGCCUUUGGUUGGGAUGGAUUGGUCACAAACAGGUGUUGCACAUUUAUUUUCAGCUAUUAAGGUAGGUGUGAUCUAUCUGUCAUGUCUCCCUUUUUUCAGCUUAUGAUGUUUCAUGUCUAAUAAUUCAUUUGUUUUCAACUUAGAAUAUUUUUGUGUUUGGAAUAAAAAAAAACUAGUUGAAGGCUCCACCAUAUCCAUGAGAUGCUUUGUACCUUUGCUCGGGAAUUUUAUACUGCAAAAAGGUUUCAGAUAUUUCAUAAUAAAGACUAGCAACUAUCAACAUCAUUAAUGUGUUUUUCAUUUACCAAAUUUCUUGCAUAUUGCAGGAAAAUGACUAUGAAUUGCUUUUUCUAAGUGCACGUUCGAUAUCUCAGGCAUAUCACACUAGACAAUUCCUAAUCAACCUUAAGCAGAAUGGAAAAGCUUUACCAGAUGGGCCAAUUGUUAUUUCUCCUGAUGGCCUUCUUCCAUCUUUAUUUCGAGAAGGUAAAAAAUGUGUACCGGGUUGCCUUUUGUCUUUGUUCAUGCAUACAUACUGAAUUGCAUGUUGCUUCUCAUUUUUCCUUUUUGAAAUGUUAAACAGAUCUGGAAAUUAAUGUCUUAUUGAUGU